AUGUUCCGGCCUAUUCUAGUUCUCACUAUUCUUUCAUGCGUCUUAGCUUACCAUCAAUACCGUGAGCUUAAAUGCUCCACCCCAACCAACUCGAUCCGCGGAGGACCAGACCGUGCCGAAUGCCAUUUGGUGUUGAAGGCUGAGGAGUUGGAGACUGGACGUCCAGUUCCAACUGGACUCGGAUGUUGGCAGGAGGACCACGACGGAGAGGAGCGUGAGUACUGUGACAUUGUCUGUCCAAAAUCGCACACCGUCUUCAUCUCCUACAUCGACCAAGGGCAUCGUGCGUGCUUCAACUUCAUCACCUACCAAGUCGAAAAACGCAACGACGAGCACGUUCUCUGGCGCUCCGGAAAGUGCUUGAACUCCACUGUUAACUACCGUAUCGGAUGCAAAUUCGACGAUCCCUUCGAGACCCAAUUCAAGUCCGACAACGAGAUCUUUGCUCAUUUGAGAGCCCGUGCUCGCAGAGUUUAA